AUGUUCUGCUUUAAACGACUCUCUAGAACCGCGGGUGCACGUGCAGAAUCUCAAGCCACGGCGACCGAGUCAACUGUCGUUUCGCGAAACGUGACAGCUGUGGAAGAACACGACGUGCCCGUCAUCAAAGGACCGGGCUCGACACCAAAUCCACCGCACGAACUUUCCGUUCUACCAAUCACGAAGCAACCGGGCGCUAACAUUCCGGCCAUCAAGAAAUGCGCCGACAAAUUCUCCGGACAGGUUGUCUUGGUGACUGGCGCGGCACAGGGUAUUGGCAGAGUCACUGCGCAGAUGUUUGCUUCGCAGGGUGCUUCGCUCGUGCUGGUCGACCUUGACAACGACCGACUGCGACGCGUUGCCGAAGAACUGGAGUUGCAGGGACGAAAUGUCAUCUGCCGGAUUUGCAACUUGGCCAUCGAGACCGAAGUUGACGCCAUGAUCACAGGUGUGAUACGGCAGGUCGAGAAAGUCGACGUGCUCGUUCACCUCGCAGGGAUUGGUCCCUACAAGAGCAUCGUUGACCACUCGGGCGUCGACUAUGGACGGGUCAUGAGCGUCAACAUGGACAGCUGCUUCUAUUUGACGAGGGCCGUCCUGCCUCACAUGCGGGAAGCUGGCUAUGGCCGGAUCAUCAACACCGCGUCAGGAGCAAUCUUGCAUCCCGAGUCGGGUCUCGGAGUCUACGCUGCAGCCAAGAGUGCGGUCGCGGGCUUCACUCGGAGCACGGCUGUCGAGGCCGGUCCAGGAAUCACGGCAAAUGCUGUGUGUCCUGGUCUGAUAUACAAUGAGUCGACGUGGGCCAAACCGGGGUCAAGAGCGGUGUUCGAAAAGGCUUUGGCGCGGCAGAGUGUAAAGCGGUUCGGCUUGCCCACUGAUGUUGCCGAGAUGAUUUGCUUUCUCGCCGGUCCUGAGAGCGAAUUCAUCACGGGCCAGCUGUUUGAUAUCUCUGGCGGGGCGACUUUUCUGCACUAG